AUGAACAAGAAACUUGGGCUCCAGACGAGUGCUUCGGCUUUGAUACCGAAAAAGUAUCGGGGCGACGACGAUGAUCCACAUUUCAUUCCGGACUCACCUCUCAUCGAUCGCCAGGCACUUACCGCGCAAGAAGAGGGAGAAUUGAAGCGUGUGUGCGCCCUGGUAUUGGCCAAUGUGCCACACUCGGACGAUAUGUCGGAUGACCCUCUCAAAUAUAUUGCUGCCCAGAUUCAAGAAGGCAAAGCAGCGGCGCAGCCCAGUGCCAAACGUGAGCGGAAACCCGACCGGGUUCAGAACGUCGAAGCCGCAACCAGUGUAACUCACCAAUUCCUUGACAUACAAGACGACUCUGCCACACCUUCAGAAGUUUCUCACCGCGGUACCAUAACCGCCACUGACUAUUCAACGCCCUUGACGAGUGCCGGAAUUACUCCUGGCGAAACCGCGCGACGUUUCUCCGACGCAGCCCGGAAAUCAGUUAAUAGCACCAAGAAACCUGGCAGUAGCCUCCGAAAUGAAUCAAAUACGGUGACUAGCAAGAGCCGGACCGCUUCUUCGGGUGGUGUUCACAGAUCUCUAGAAGCAAGCAAACUCUCGACCGAAGCAGAAGCCAUUAAGAAGACGCUGCGAGUCGUGACGGACGGGUCGUCACGACCUCCAAGUGGCAGCGCCAAAUCCAUCGAGCAGCCUCGCCCGAUUAGAUUUUCAGCUCUAGACUUGAAUAAAAGUCUUCCUCCACCUCCACCUGAGUCGCCUCCACCCGAGGAACAGAAGCAACCUCACAUAAGCAGACUGAUGAAGACUAUUCGCAAGAAGAAAAGCAUGACGACCGAAGGCAGGAGUUUCUCUACCGGCUCGACGCCUCCAAUGCCCUCAGCUGAUGUACCGAGGACGCCAUAUCCCCACAUUUCGACAACACCAGCAGCCGAGAAUGCGGCCCAGGAACCUCCGAGGAAGAAAUUCAGAAUACCCCUUUUUCACAGGAGACAACGGCCGGCGGAUGUUCUCGUUACUUAA